UUCCUUUUUCUUUCAUCUCUUUACAUUCCCUACUUAUCUCUCUCUUUCCAGAUUUAGUCAACAUGUCUUCUUUUACUACUUUAUCAGUCAAUAAGAAUACGGCAAGAUUCACACCAAAGGUUAAACAACGGGGAAGACGACGACCAUCACUUCAAUCUAUUCAUGAUGAUGUACCAUCAAUAACACCGUCUACUACUCAAACUACAGUGUCAUCGCCCCCUUCUACUUCAUCGCUACCAACACAUUCGGUCAAUGCGCAGCCAGCCUUGACAAAGAAACCAAUAAAAGCAGCAGCAACCCAAGCGAAGGAAAUAUCAAAAGCAACGACAUCACGAUCGAGUAAUACUAGUAUAAAAACAGCCCCAUUCCAAAGGAUACAAGCUCCCUCUAAAGGUGAUCAUGCGACAGUCUCCAUACCUCUUGAUAGACAACAAACCAAUUUGAAAAGUACUACUUCUAUGCCGACCAUCAACACCUCGAUGGCUUCACCACCAACGAGUCCAGUGACAGCCAAUCCUUUGAAAAAACGCAGACGAACCAACAAACAUGACUUACCGUCGCCUUCUCUUAUGACAUUGGAUGAUAUUACACAUGAUCCUGCCGAUCCAUCCUUUAUGCAAAAACCACUGUCUUACUUUACAGAGGAUCUACCGACAGGCAUUGUAUCCAGACAAUACAAGGAAUCACAACUCAAAGAACAAUCAUCACGACAGUCAACAUCAGUAACCAAGAAAAAAAUUCAACCAUCACAACCUCCACCCUCCUCUUCUUCUUCUUCCUCUAGAACUUCUGAAACGGAACGACCAAGAUUAAUGGAAUCUGCCAAUGCUCCUCAAGUCCAAUUGGUGAAUGGUGAAAUAGUACUGGAUACAUCAUCAUUAUAUAUCGAUCGACCACUGGGACGACGAGAAGAAAUGGAUUAUGAAGUGGUAGAAGAAGACAGCAUGACGACUCAGGUCAAUAGCCAUUCGUAUGGGAAACAACAUGAACGACAUGGACGCAAAUGGAGUAAUCAAGAAAAGGAUCAGUUUUAUCAAGGACUUGCUCGGUAUGGAACAGAUUUCGACCUCAUUGCCACCCUUAUCCCUACUCGCUCUCGUAAAGAAAUCAAGCUCAUGUUCAAUCGGCAAGAAAAAAAAUGUCCUUGGCGGAUCUCUCAUUGUAUCAUGCAAAAAUCAUCAUCGGAAGCUCAGUCAACAAUGCAAAACAAUACAGUGGAUGCGUAGUCUAAUUUUUUUUUAUCAUCCCCUAUAUUUCAUCACCUCACAAUGUCUAUCUUUUUUUAUGCAUUCAAUAAAAAAAAAUCAAAGCGUCUUUUUAUUAUUA